UCCGCCCAGCGCCGCGGCUGCGCCGUCCCAGCCCUCUCCUAUGCUCGGGGACUGCGUCCCCAGCCUGCAGUCCAGCGGGAACUUCCUCCAGCUCCACACCAUGUUGAGCCCACGGCAAGGCCUUCUCAGGCCGGUGGGAUGCGGGGUGGAGGAGCUGCGGCGCCGCCGGCGGGAGCGGGAGGCAGCACUGCGGCGGGCACGGAGGGAGCAGCAGCUGGUCAGCAAGAGGCUGCUGAGAGACGACACCCCAGAGGAAGCCGAAGGGGGAUGUGUGGCCUCGAUCCUCGGGGAAGCCGAGGUCCAGCAGUUCCUGUGGUUAGCCCAGCGGGGGACAGAGGAAAAGGAGAGAGAAGGAGCUCUGGUCAGCCUUCGUCGAGGCUUGCAGCACCCAGAGACACAGCAGACCUUCAUCAGGUUGGAGGGCAGCAUGCGGACCCUGGUUGGGCUCCUGACCAGCAACCAGGCCCUGUUGCAGCUUGAGGCGGCUCGGUGCCUUCAUGAGCUCUCUCAUUCCGAGCAGUCCGAGGUGGCUGAGGCCUGCCUGCCAGCCACGUCCUACCUUCUCACCUACCUCGCCGGUCACAGCUCAGACCUUAUAGAGCUCUGUCUGUAUACACUGGGUAACCUGAUUGUGGAGAGUGAAGCUGGGAGAAAGCAGCUCCUGCCACAGGGCAUUGUUCCAGCCUUGGCUUCCUGCAUCCAGUCCCCCCAUCUGACUGUGCUUGAAGCCCUUGGAUAUGCCUUGUCCCAGCUCCUGCAGGCUAAGGAAGCGCCAAAGAAGAUCAUCCCUUCCGUCCUGGCCUCCCCGAUUCCCCAGCAUUUGCUGCAACUAUUGCAACCUGGACCAAAGCUGAACCCUGGGGUCGCUGUGGAGUUUGCCUGGUGCCUUCACUACAUCAUCUGCAGCCAGGUCAAUAAUGCCCUGCUCAUCACCCAUGGGGCCGUCUCCACUCUGGGGCUGCUACUCUUGCACUUGGCUGGGACUGUCCAGAGUUCUGAAGAUGCAGGACUGGAGUUGCUGGUGUGCCCUGUGCUUCGGUGUCUAAGCAACUUGCUAACAGAGGAAGCGGUGGAAGCUGGGGGAGGGCAAGUGCAGCUCAGAGAUGAGCGUGUCGUGGUAUCCGUAUUUAUCCUUCUGCAGUUCCUCCUCCAGAAACACCCCAGCCUGCUUCCUGAGGGCCUUUGGCUUCUUAAUAACCUCACUGCAAACAGCCCUAGCAUCUGUACCUCCUUGCUCUCCCUGGAUCUGAUCAAGCCUCUCUUGCAGUUGUUGCCAGUAUCUAAUGUGGUGAGCGUAUUGGUGCUCACAGUUCUGUGCAACGUUGCAGAGAAGGGUCCUGCGUAUUGCUGGCAUCUGUGGCCAGGGCCCCUGCUCUCCUCCUUGCUGGACACAUUGGCCUUCUCUGACACUGAAGUAGUAGGCCAGAGUUUGGAGCUGCUGCAACUGCUGUUCCUCUACCGGCCAGAGGCUGCCCAGGCCUUCCUGCAGCAAUCAGGGCUGCAGGCCCUUAAAAGGCACGAGGAGGAAGCACAGCUCCAGGACCGAGUGCAUGCUCUCCAGCAGACAGCUCUUCAUAGAUGACCUGGCUUCUCAGUGUCACUUUACUCCACUCCCCCACCCCCCAGCUUCUGUACCCCAUGGAGCCCCUUAUGGUGGUGGGAGGGUUAAUGAGGCCUCAUGUUCUCAGAUUCCACAUCUAAGCCUAAACCAAGACCUUUAGACUCCAGCCCUCCCUUUCACUCAGCACUGUCCAUACAGGAUUAGAGGCAAGUGGGUGUGGUCUACUCUGGGGCCCUGGAAUCUCUCUUUUUUGUUUUGUUUUACUUUAGCAGCUGGUAGCUUUUGAUGGGGCAGAAUAAAGUCUUAUUUUUAUAUUAAA